AUGAACUUAUGGAUGCACUUGAAUCCUACAGGCGUCACCACCCCAGCAGCUGGUGUCACCACCCCAGCAGCUGGUGUCACCACCCCAGCAGCUGGUGUCACCACCCCAGCAGCUGGUGUCACCACCCCAGCAGCUGGUGUCACCACCCCAGCAGCUGGCGUCACCACCCCAGCAGCUGGCGUCACCACCCCAGCAGCUGGUGUCACCACCCCAGCAGCUGGUGUCACCACCCAGCAGCUGGUGUCACCACCCCAGCAGCUGGUGUCACCACCCCAGCAGCUGGUGUCACCACCCCAGCAGCUGGUGUCACCACCCCAGCAGCUGGUGUCACCACCCCAGCAGCUGGUGUCACCACCCCAGCAGCUGGUGUCACCACCCCAGCAGCUGGUGUCACCACCCCAGCAGCUGGUGUCACCACCCCAGCUGCUGGUGUCACCACCCCAGCAGCUGGUGUCACCACCCCAGCAGCUGGUGUCACCACCCCAGCAGCUGGCGUCACCACCCCAGCAGCUGGUGUCACCACCCCAGCAGCUGGCGUCACCACCCCAGCAGCUGGUGUCACCACCCCAGCAGCUGGCGUCACCACCCCAGCAGCUGGUGUCACCACCCCAGCAGCUGGCGUCACCACCCCAGCAGCUGGUUACCUGGUGUGGGAACACGUCCUCCAGUACAACACGUCCUCCAGUACCUGCUGUGGGAACACCUCCUCCAGUACCUGCUGUGGGAACACGUCCUCCAGUACCUGCUGUGGGAACACGUCCUCCAGUACCUGCUGUGGGAACACGUCCUCCAGUACCUGCUGUGGGAACACCUCCUCCAGUACCUGCUGUGGGAACACGUCCUCCAGUACCUGCUGUGGGAACACGUCCUCCAGUACCUGCUGUGGGAACACGUCCUCCAGUACCUGCUGUGGGAACACCUCCUCCAGUACCUGCUGUGGGAACACCUCCUCCAGUACCUGCUGUGGGAACACCUCCUCCAGUACCUGCUGUGGGAACACGUCCACCAGUACCUGCUGUGGGAACACGUCCUCCAGUACCUGCUGUGGGAACACGUCCUCCAGUACCUGCUGUGGGAACACGUCCUCCAGUACCUGCUGUGGGAACACGUCCUCCAGUACCUGCUGUGGGAACACGUCCUCCAGUACCUGCUGUGGGAACACGUCCUCCAGUACCUGCUGUGGGAACACGUCUUCCAGUUGGAGCGAGUUAG